AUGAUGGGCAGGUACCACCGCCACUCGCUCGCACGCGCCCACCGACGCUGUUGCGUGCGUUUCGGCCACACGCACGUGCUGUGCUCGCUCUCGCCGCAACGCUAUGGCUACUUUCCCGCCACGUGCCACGUCGGACCGCACUGGGGCUGCCUCCUCGUGACCUACUUCCUGGCUCUGGGUCCCUUUGUCUUCUUGCUGCUGUUCGUAAACGAGCUGCGGCUGGGGCUCCAAGUGGCGCUGUUUGCGUCCAUGUGCGUCACGACCGUCUCGUUGACGCUGGUGGCGUGCAGCGACCCGGGCGUGGUGUUCCAAGACGUGGACUCGGACGUGGAAGACGGCGAGUCGGCCAUUGUCUGUGCUCAAUGUGAGGUUCGACGGCCGUUCGAUGCGUCGCAUUGCUCGGACUGUGGCGUGUGUAUUCGCGAGCUGGAUCACCAUUGUCCGUGGACGGGCAAGUGCAUCGGCAAGCGCACGAUCAAGUUGUUUUACGUCUUCCUUACCUGCAUCUCGCUGCACUGCAUGCUCGUGGGCGCCGCCUGCCUCGUCACAUUUGCAGCGACGUAG